AUGUCUGCAAGAUCUGAAUAUAGUAAACUUUUUGAAAAGACAUUUAAAGAAACUCAACAAUGUGAAAGACAUCAGAGAAUUCACACAGGAGAGAAGCCAUAUUCGUGUCCUGAAUGUGAAAAGUGUUUUAGUCAAAUGUCAGGUCUUGUUCAACAUCUGAGACAACACACAGGGGAGAAGUCAUUUUCAUGUCCUGAAUGUGAGAAGUGUUUUAUUCAGAAAUCCCAUCUUAUUCGACAUCAGAUAAUUCACACAGGAGAGAAGCCAUUUUCAUGUACUGAAUGUGAGAAGUGUUUUAGUCAGAAAUCAUAUCUUGUUGAACAUCAGAGAAUUCACACUGGAGAGAAGCCAUUUUCAUGUUCUAAAUGUAAGAAGUGCUUUUGUCAGAAAUCAAAUCUUGUUCAGCAUCAGAGAAUUCACACAGUAGAAAAGCUAAUUUCAUGUCCUAAAUGUGAGAAGUGUUUUACUCAGAAAUCAGAUCUUGUCCAACAUCAGAGAAUUCACACAGAAGAGAAGCCAUUUUCAUGUCCUGAAUGUGAAAGGUGUUUUAGUCAAAUAUCAAAUCUUAUUCGACAUCAGAGAAUUCACACAGAAGAGAAACCAUUUUCAUGUCCUGACUGUGAGAAGUGUUUUAGUCAGAAAUCAGUUCUUGUCCGACAUCAGAGAAUUCACACAGAAGAGAAGCCAUUUUCAUGUCCUGAAUGUAAGAAGUGCUUUAGUCAGAAAUCGUAUCUUGUUGGACAUCAGAGAAUUCACACAGGAGAGAAGCCAUUUUCAUGUCCUGAAUGUGAGAAGUGUUUUAUGCAGAAGUCAGGUUUUGUUAAACAUCUAAGAGUUCACACAGGAGAGAAACCAUAUUUAUGUCCUGAAUGUGAGAAGUGUUUUAGAGUGAAAUCACAUCUUAAACAACAUCAGAGAAUUCACACAGGAGAGAAGCCAUUUUCAUGUCCUGAAUGUGAGAAGUGUUUUAGUCGGAAAUCUCAUUUUAUACGACAUCUAAGAAUUCACACAAAAGAGAAGCCAUUUUCAUGCCCUGAAUCUAAAAAGUGUUUUAGUCAGAAAUUAGAUCUUGUUGGACAUCAGAGAAUUUUUUCUCAUCAGGGAUCCUUUUGA